AUCGGCUUAUCUUCUUCACUCUUUUCAUUUCUUUCUACUUCUUCUUUUGCAGCACAUAGACCUUUAGAUAAUUGUGACCAUGGAGUUACCAUCUCCUUACUGCUCCAAAAGGGAAGAAGAACAAACCAUUCCUCCGAAAAGAGGUCAAAUCAAGAUCACGAUCGCUCGCGAUCUACUCAGAUCAGUGACCUCGAAAACACCACUUCCUAGGAGAGGCCAAAUCAAGAUCAUGAUUGCUCGUGAUCUAGUCAGAUCAUGGAACACAAAGGAACAUCAAGAAAGGACUCAAGGAGGCUAACUAAUUAAUUCGCCACUAAGAAGCAUCAGAUCUUCGAAACUCACCUGAGAGUCUUGUAUAUAUAUACAAUGUAAUGAAAUUGUUGGCUUCGGGUUCUUUUGAAGAUGUGUUACUGUAUAUAAAUGAGUCUUAUAAAAGUUUGGGGGCGAAUAUGAAUACUUUUAUAUAUUUAUAACACACUUAUGUAAA